AUGGCCAAGAUCAUGGCGGCGGUGGCGUGCUCGAGGCGGAAUUUCCAGCAGCUGAGCAGCCUCAUGUCGUCGACCAAGAUCCCGUCGCUGGACUUGUUCCGUCCCAACAGCCGCUGGUACUCCGAGACCUUCGACCAGGACAACAAUGGCGACGUGAGGAUCGACACGGACAGCGUCCGCAAGGUGGUGAAGGAGUUCUCGUUCGGCCAGUCUCUGUGGCACAAGCUCGAUGGUAUGUGCAACAGCGCCGACGCCAUCCUUAACUCCAAGUCGUGCGGACUGUGGCCGCUGCCGGCUUUCAUCAACCAUUCGUGCUGUCCGAAUGCCGCGCGGCUGGAAGUCGGGCGAGCGCUCUUCGUCCACGCGGCUCGAGACAUCGGCGAGGGGGAGGAGAUCACUCUCCCAUACUUCGACGCGCUGGUGCCGUUCCACGCGCGGCAGGAGAUCUGCCAGCGGUGGGGAUUCCAGUGCCAGUGCCGCCGCUGCUCCAGCGAGCGCGGCUCUCAGAAGGCCUUCCGGAGGAUCAACGAGCAGUUCAACUUCCUCCACGACAAGGCCUUCCGGGAGAUCAACGCGGCGGCGGAGGCCGGGGAGGUGCCCGGUCCUCUCCCGGCGUGCGCGAGCUUCGGGCAGCUAGCCGUGCGGCUCCAGGCGGAGGGAAGCGCGAGCGCGGACACGCUGCUGCGCGCCUCGUACGCGCUGGCCUACUUGGCCGGGAUGCCAUCGUCGGACUUCUUCGAGGAUUUCAUGCAAACGGUGCCGCCAUGGGAGGAUCUGGUGAGCUGCUUGCACGAGACGGUGCCGGGGCACUGGCGAUCGCUGAUAAUGCAGUGCGGGGAAGUGAUGGAGCUGCGGCAGUACUUGGAAUCGUCGGCGGUGGUGAGAGACGAGGGGCCAUUGCGAGUGGUGAGAGAGGUGGCUUACAAGCUUUGCCGGAGUACCUUUGGGAACCAAAGGGCCGAGGUCUUCGAGGCGCUCAUCGCGCAAGCUAGUAGCAUGAGGCCAUUUUGA